AUGUCGUCAUCAUCGCGAACACUUAAAAAAGAGAAUGAAGAAUCUUAUCUUCAACUCCGUGCAACUACUUCAGGUGAUAAUAAUCAAGAAACUUCUCGUAAAGGAGCAUGGCAUUCUAUAAUUGAUUCAUUCAAAAGAGCAGAACCUAAUGAAUCCCUUCAAGAAAUAAAUGCAGAAGGUAGAGAACUUACAGAUAUUGAAAAAAUCAAUAUUAAUACAGCAAAUACACAAUUAAAAAAAGGAUUAGCUGAUCGUCAUUUACAAAUGAUUGCCUUGGGUUCAUCUAUUGGUACUGGUUUAUUUGUUGGAUCAGGUGGUGCUUUAGCUAAUAGUGGACCUGGUGGUUUAAUUAUUUCUUAUGGUAUUUCUGCCAUUGCUGUUUUUUUAACUAUGCAAGGUUUGGGUGAAAUGGCUUCUUCAUUCCCAAUGUCUGGUGGGUUCCUGACAUAUUGUAGUAAAUUUAUACAUCCAUCUGUUGGUUUUGCAAUUGGUUGGAAUUAUUUCAUGCAAUUUUUUGUUCUUUUACCGUUGGAAUUAGUUGCUGGUGCAAUUACUAUUAAAUAUUGGAAUUCUGAUAUCAAUUCAGAUGUGUUUGUUAUUAUUUUCUGGUUUGUUGUUUUACUUAUUACUUUAUUAGGUGUCAAAUGGUAUGGUGAAGCGGAACUUAUAUUUUGUCUUGUUAAAAUUGUUGCAGUUGUUGGAUUUAUCAUUUUGGGAAUUGUUUUAAUCUGUGGUGGAGGUCCAACCCAUGAAUUUAUUGGAGGAAAAUACUGGAAUACACCAGGUCCUUUUAAUAACGGAGCUCAAGGUACAUUUUCAACUUUAGUUACUGCAGCUUUCAGUUUUGGUGGUACUGAAAUGAUUGCCUUAACUGCUAGUGAAGCUGCUUCAAUUAGAGCAUUACCAAAAGCUAUCAAACAAGUUUUCUGGAGAAUUGUUAUUUUCUAUUUUGGUUCAAUUAUCAUGAUUGCCACUUUGGUUCCUUAUAAUGAUAAAAGAUUAUUGGGUAGUUCAAGUGUCGAUGUCACUGCAUCUCCAUUCACUAUUGCUAUUGUCAAUGGUGGUAUUAAAGGAUUACCAAGUGUUAUCAAUGCCGUUAUUUUAAUUUCUGUCUUGUCUGUUGGUAAUGCUUCUGUUUAUGCUACUUCCAGAACAUUGAACUCCUUGGCUGAACAAGGUAUGGCUCCUAAAUGGACAGGUUAUAUUGAUAGAGCCGGUAGACCAUUAUUUGCUAUUCUUAUUACUAAUAUUUUUGGUUUGUUUGCAUUAAUUGCCACUGAUAAUGAUAAACAAGUUGAAGCAUUUAAUUGGUUAUUGGCUCUUUCUGGUCUUUCUUCAGUGUUUACUUGGUUGAGUAUCAAUGUUUCUCAUCUUAGAUUUAGAAGAGCUAUGCGUGUUCAAAAUAGAUCAUUGGAUGAAUUGCCAUUUAUUGCUCAAAGUGGUGAAUGGGGUUCAUAUGUUGGUUCAGCUAUUAAUGUUUUCUUUUUGGGUGCACAAUUUUAUGUUUCUUUAUUCCCAGUUGGAUCUUCACCAAAUGCUUAUGAUUUCUUUUUGGGUUAUUUGGGAUUCCCAGUUAUUGUUCUUUCAUGGAUUGGUUAUAAUAUUUGGAAAAAUGAUUGGUCAUUAUAUAUUAAAGCUAAAGAUAUUGAUGUUGAUACUGGUAGAGUUAAUAUUGACAUUGAUGUCUUACAACAAGAAAAAGCUGAAGAGAAAGCUAGACUUGCUGAAAGUCCAUUUUAUAUUAGAUUUUACAAAUUCUGGUGUUAA